AUGCCUUUUAAAGAUGUUGUGACUUGGAGUGUUAUGAUUUUGGGUUUUGCUAUUAAUGGGAAUAAUCUGAUGGCAAUGAAACUGUUUGAAAAGAUGGAGAAGUUUGGACCGAAACCUAAUGAGAUUACUUUCAUCGGUGUUCUCACUGCUUGCAAUCAUAAAGAUCUGUUCUGUGAAGCGUUGCGGUUAUUUGAAAUUAUGAGUGAAAAAUAUGGCAUAAAGCCAUCUAUUGAACACUAUGGAUGUAUGGUUGAUGUUUUGCCUCGAAGUGGACAAGUAAUAAAGGCCUUAACUUUUAUUAAAAGUAUGCAUAUUGAACCUGAUGGGGCUAUACGGGGGUCUUUGCUUAAUGGAUGUUUGAUGCAUGGUUAUUUUGAAUUGGGACAGAAAGUUGGCAAGUAUUUGAUAGAGUUUGAGCCUCAACAUAGUGGUAGGUACAUCCUUUUGGCGAACAUGUAUGCCAAUAUGGGUAAGUGGGAAGGUGUUUCAGAGGUAAGAAAAUUGAUGAAAGAUAGGGGUGUGGUGAUUGUUUCUGCUUGGAGUUUCAUUGAAAUUGAUCAAACCAUCCAUAAGUUUGUUGUUGAUGAUAAGUGUUGUUUGAAUUUAGGAGAAAUUUAUAAAGUCUUAAGUCACUUGAGAAUGAAAGAUGAGGAAUUUUCAGGAGACAAGGAUGCCCUUUUUUUCAUUUGA